CGCUGUUUGUUGCCAGGCGCACAAUAGGAUGAGUUACCAGUCGACCAACGACGAUGUGAAGUUUAACUGACGAGAAUGUAGUUUACUUCAUCUAUUUUCUUUACUUUAUUUGUUUUUCUACACCGUUAUUCUUCCAGCCGUAUGCGGAGUGCCACGAGACGCAAACGGAGUCGUGCAUGGUUUCACCGGCGUCAAGUCUUUGUGAACUGAGCCUAAAAGAAAGUGCCAGGAGGAUCUUGCCUUUUUAUCCGAAUUAUCUUCUUGGAUACAAAAAGGAUGCCUGUCAUGGGCCACAACAAGGGACCACUGCAGUGGGCUGAUCUCUGUCAACUGUACAAUAAUGACUCUCUGGAGACCCUGUGUUCAGUGUUUGAGUACCGGUUCAACAAACGACACAAAUACUGUGAGGGAUCAGACCUGGAGGAUUCUGGAAGAGAGGCACUGCUGGUCUCCGGUAAAACACCUUCUGGUUACAGUCUUCUCUAUGCAAUAUGGAUGACUUUUCGUCCAGCCUUUGUCAAAGUUGUGCUUCUGAGAUUGACAACUGAUAUUCUGAGCAUUCUAUGUCCUUUGACCCUCAGGUGGAUCAUCCUGUUCUGUGAGAGGCAGCCUGUGUUUGACUGGGCAGGAUACAUGUAUUCCCUGGUGGUGUUGGGUGCAAUUUGCUGCUCUGCUGUUUCUCGGCAGCAGUUUGAGAGACAUGCUGGGGUGACAAUGGCCAAUAUCCAGACCGUCAUGGCUGGUGUCCUCUACAGAAAGACAUUGUCUCUUUCCCAUAGUUCUCAGCGGCAGCCCAUCCUCCCAGACACAGUCCCUCUACCGUCACGGGAGGCUGAGUGUGUUGGGGGGCUGGCGGUUUCACUGGCCUGUUUCUGGUCUUCCCCCCUGAGAGUUGCUCUGUAUCUGGGCUUACUAUGGAGAGAACUGGGCCCCGGUGCGCUGGUGGGGGUGGUCGUGAUGUUGAUUUUAAUUCCUGUCAACUCCGCAGUGCAGCGCAAAGUCAAACAUCUUCAGACAACUCAACAGGUCUUCAGGGAAAACACGGAAGAGCUAGUCAAAGAAAUGCUGGAUAAAUUUCAGGCGCUAAAGCUUCUUGCGUGGGAGCCGUGGUUCCAUCAAAGAGUUACCAAGUCACGGGCCAGGGAGCUGGAGAUGCUAAGGAUUCUGGGAUAUCCGACAGCGUUUUCAAUGCUUGACUCCAUCUGUGUGCCUUUCCUGGUUUUGUUCUUUAGCCUCGGCGUGUUUGUCCUGGGAGAUGACGGAAACGUCCUCACAGCCUCUCAGAUUUUUACAUCACUCAUUGUCUUCAGAUUGCUGCGUCCCGCUGUGAUGGAUCUCUGUUGGCUAUUUUCAGGCCUUGAACAGUCAUGUCAGUCUCUAUGCCAUGUGGAGAAGUUGUUUCUUACAAGGGAUCCAGGAUCUGUGGAAAAGCUUUUACCUGACAGUUUUCAGGGGAAGUAUGACAGGUGUGGAGAUGACAAGCACUGUGAUUUUAAUGAUGGAAAGGAUCACAAUCUAUUCCAAAAGAGUAAUGGUGAGGCCCACAGGCUAUAUCUGAAGGCUUUUGGCUGGCACUGGGCAGCAGCGUCCACGCUGAUCUACCUGAGUGUGUGUGCGGUGUGUUUGGCACAGUAUGUGGUUCUGAGCGUCUGGACGAGGGAAGCCAAAGAAGUUCAGGGUCUGGAGGAGUGGAGAGAACUUCGGGACUCACGACUCGCUUCGUACGCACUGCUAGGACUCAUGCAAGUCUUGCUUGUGUGCUGCGCUGCUUACUGUCAGUCAUGCGGCUCUCUCAGGUCCUCUGAUGCUCUACACUCAGAGCUGCUGUCAGAUGUUCUUCACCUGCCUGUGCGCGUAGACCAAAUGAUAGAUCUCAGAAAGCUACUGCAGACCUUUACUAGGGAUAUACAGGUGAUUGACGAAGAACUACCUAAACAUCUGCAUGGGUGGCUUACGAGUCUUUUGGAAAUACUGAGCGCCUUAGCUGUGAUCACUUUCAUUAUGCCGGUUUUCAGUCUGGCUGUGUGUCCUCUCGUAAUGCUAUUCCUCAAUGUUCAGUAUCAGUUUUCGGCCCACAUGAAAAUGAGGAACAUGGAGUCCAAUCCUGUUGUUUCAGUUUCUUCUCAGACGUCCGUUGAAGAUCCACUUUCUGGGCCAAAGGAGGUGUGUGUGAAGCACCACCUCCAAACCUUGAAUCAAAACCUGCUGGUCAAGUACAACAGAAUCAACACUGAAAGUUGGUUUGCACUUCGGUUUGAUGCGAUUGCUGGGAUUCUGCUCUUCUUGGUUAGUUUGAUCCUGCUUGAGACCCAGCUGGACUCUGGUAUUGUGGCCCUGGCUUUGAUAUGUGCUCAAAAUAUCACAUCACCUCUUCACCGCUACACCCAUGCUUUCUCCGAUAUCAACACAGGCAUGUUGAGCAUGCAAAGACUUUGUGAACUUGCCAGAAUUGAGAAGGAGGCAGCGUGGAUAGUUGGCCACACACCUCCAUUUGACUGGCCACAGCGAGGGGAACUGAAGUUUAGAAAUUAUGAUUGCGAUGCCUUGUACAACCUCUCACCAGCAAUCAGGGGUCUCAAUCUUACCAUUUUAAAAGGAGAAAGGAUUGGGGUUGUGAGCAAAAAGAAGGCAGACACUGAAUGCUUUCUGAACUGUCUGUACCGGGUGACGGAGGCCAGCAAUGGUGCCGUGCUGAUCGACAGCGUAAACAUCGCCCGUGUCGGUCUGCACAACCUCAGGAGCCAUCUGCAAAUCAUUUCUCAGGUCCCUGUGCUGUUCUCUGGUCCCCUGAGGGCCAACCUGGACCCGUUUGCUCGGCAUACUGAUGCACAGGUGUGGCUGGCUCUGGAACUCUGCCAUUUGAAGGAGCAGGUUCGACAAUUGCCUGCUCAGCUGCUGCACCCUGUUCAAAGGACGUCCAUCGCUCUGAGCCUGGGGCAGAGGAGGCUGCUAUGUUUGGCUAGAGCACGGCUUGCAAGGGUCAAAAUCCUCCUUGUUGAAGAGGCACUUCCAUCUGUGGACCUGGAAACAGAGCAGCUGGUCCAGCGGUUGGUCCACACAGAAUUUAAAGACUGCACUGUUCUGUGGCUCAGUCAGGACCCAGCCACUGUCAUGCACACAGACAAGGUGCUGGUCUUGAACAAUGGACAAGCUGUGACGUUUGAUGCCACUUCUACUGUCCUCAAGCAGGGGUCGCUGUUCAGUCAAUAAGAGGAGUUCUGAAUGGACUAUCUGACUGGAUACUCAGGAUUUUUGAGCAUGGGAUACUGUUUUUUGAUAUACAGUUUCAGAAUCCGAUAACUGAUGGAAGGUUUUAAUGUACAUUUUAUAUUACGAUUAAUAAAAUGUUACAUAAUAUGAAAAGAUGGACCAAACGUUGCAAGAUUACAUGAUUUGUCUUUUCUCAAUUAUAUUUAUGCCAUUGGCAGACGCAUUUAUCCAAAAAAAACUUGCAUUGCAUUAUAUUAUACAUUUUGUUUUCCAAGCAUGUGCAAUCCCUAGGAUCAAACCCAUGACCUUGGUGUGCUAGCGCCAUGAUUUAACCAUUGAUCUUCAGGAAAGCUUUUUAAACUUGGUUACAUAGUUAAGCUUUAAAAAUUUUGUUAUCUUAAACAAUUUCAGAAAUGGUUCUCUACACUUUCACUAUGGUGGUAGUCAAAUUUUUUUAAACUUGAAAACACUCAUUCUAAGAGUGUUAAAGUAUACCACAAUAACUUUGUUACAACCUGAAUACUAAUAGGUACUUUUCUCUGAGGGCUGUAGGGGGUGGUUGUGUUUGGGGCAUCUCUCUGUUGUCACAUCUUUGUCUCAAUUUCCUCAACGGUUAUUGUCAGUUAAUUGCAUCAAGAGGCAGUUUAUUUCACAACUUUAACAGUCACAACAUCUUUCCAUUGGUGCACGUUCAGGCAUUAUCUGACCACUAAAAUAAAAACAUAAUUUGGUUGCUAUACUUUAUUUAUAUUGGACAUUAGACUGACUAUCAGGUACUUGGAAUUAUAAAAGGUACUUUAAUAAAAAGUUUAUAUAAACGGA